AGGUGCAUAAACAGACACAAAGUGGCAACAAAAUUGCAACCAUAAAGAAAAGUGCAAUAACAAAUUAAUAAAUAUUGUGAUAAAAAUAAAACUCUUUAAUUAAACUAAUAAAUAAAGUUGGAAAAACUUUCCUUUGCCACAACAGCAUGAGUUUUCAUAGUCGUAGUUCUAGUGAGGUGGAGGCCACACCAUAUAGCGAAAUAAUAUCAGUAUUUUAUAAGGAUUUCUAUAAUGAUUUCGAUUUCAGUGAUGUCAAAGAUGAAUUACGACGCAGUGUAUUCACCGACACCGAAUUUGAUUACAUAGCUAAAGAGAAAGGUGUUGCUCAAAUUUUUCAUUUAAUAUGGGUUUUAUGUAACAAGACGGAUAGUCAAAUGAAUAAAUUUUUCGACGUCAUAUACAACGACUACAAAUGGAUUGUGGAUAAAAUUAAAGCCGAAGCUAAUGAUCAUAGUGAGGAUACUGCAUUGUAUUUGGAAACAGUUAAAUCAUUGCAAAGAGAGUUUCAAAGUCAUACCGAUUACAAUGUUCAUCGUACGAAGCUGUUCUUAAAAUUACGCUCAGCUUUACGUAAACUCAAUCCCAAAUCAGGCAUUAACAGUGUCGUGCUCUUGGGCGGCUUGGGCAGUGGCAAAAAAUGGCUUUCAAUAGAUGUCUGUUCGGAUUUCAGUGUACUAAAAAGCAUGAAUUUCAAAAUAUAUUGGAUUGAUUGCUCGAACUGUACAUCACAGCAGGAAGAUUACAGGGCACUACAAAUACUGAUGCUUAAAUUAAAUCCUCUGCACAAGUUCGAGAAUGGUAGCAUUGGAGAGAACGUACUCCGCUUAAAGGAGCAAAUAAAACUUCAAAUGAAAGCGAAAGAAAGCCGAAACGAAUGUCUGCUGGUCUUGGCCAAUGUGCAAAAUGUUAAAUGUCAGGAGGCCUUUAAUUUGGACUGUAAGCGUUUGAUUAUAACGCGCAACAAAAAAGUCAGUGACUACUUGUCGCCCAAACUCAAUAUACAUCUAACACUCAAUGUGGGUUUUAGUAGAGAGGAAUUCUUUUUGUUGCUUGAUAAAUACAUUUUACAUAAAUAUGACUGGCGCAAAGACAGUUUAGAUUUGGCCAAUGAUAUGUAUCAUUUGAGCCAUGGCGAUCCGUAUUUGUUGAGUAUAAUAGCAAGAAAUAUACGAGAGAAAAAAUCAAACUGGAAUGAAUGGAUGAAGAAUAUCAAUAAUUUUAGUAUACCAGACUUGAAAUUUAUACGUGACGUUGAAAAAUCAUUGCUGAUUUUAAAACCUGAUCAAUUGCAAUUGUAUGCUACAUUGGCUGUGUUUCCUUAUUGUGCGCAAAUACCAGUUAAGUUAUUAUCAUUUUUAUGGAAUAAAACGGAAUAUGAAGCUGAGGUAUUUGUAGAAAAAUUUCACAUUAAUUCGUUUGUACAAAAACAAAUACUUGAAGACAAUGACACCAUAGUCUGUUGUGUUAAAUAUGUGUACAGUUCUUAUAUAAAAAAUUGUAAAAAAAUGCAACAACUCAUCAAGCCCCAAGAGCUACACAGCCGAAUUAUUGAAUACUACAAAGUUGAAGAAAAUUUAAAUGUGCGCAAAGAUGUCGAUUUAGACUUUGAUUCUCAUGAUGGCUACUUCUUUCGUUGGAUCGGCUAUCACUUGCAUGGUGCCAAUUAUAAACAUUUGUUUCCUAGACUUUAUAAAGAUUUUGGUUUUUUGGGCCAAAAAAUGCGUGCUGUCGGCCUUAACAAUACCAUUGCCGAUUUGCGUAAUUAUGACGUGGAGAUUUCGCUGGGAGAUAGGAAAUAUUCAUUUAAGAAAUUAAAAGCAUUUUUGGCCAAAAUGGAGGAGAAAAUCAUACAUUUUCCGGAUUGUUGUCUAUUGCAGUAUGCCCUGCUCUCGGGAGACUUUAUCAGUGAGAAUGCUUUGCAACAAAUAGAGCAAUUUCCGCGACGCUUGUGGUUAUCUGAAAGUGGUCAAUACCAGCAAUGGCGUUUCAUCUUCAGCCUGCCAGAUUCAGCAAAAAUAGUGCGCAUUUUGGACCAGGAUCUAUGCAUUAUGGCCUUGGCCAACAAUAAUACUUAUUUGAUAGAUCUAUCGCUGGAUUCUAGAUAUAGCCGAUUGCUGCUAAUGGAGGGUGUUAAUAUUAAUAACAUGCAAAUCUUUGACAAUAAAAAUCAUGUGCUAACACUGGAUUAUUAUGGCAAUUUGAAAUUGUGGGAUAUAUCUGUGGAAAAAAGACGCAUUUUAAAUCAAAGACGUAAUGUUAAGGCCAACUUUAACGCCACCAUUGCAUGUAGUGCCAAUCAAAUCUUCCCAAAACAAAAUAUCAACGAUUACAUCAAUUCCUGGUCAAAUAUACAGACAUUUUAUUUGGAAGUCGGCGAUGACCCGAAAUAUACACUGCUGGUUUCCUUGAAAACGGGUCUGCUAAAGUUUUUGGAUUGGAAUCAAACAAGCAAAGAGUUUGAACAGAAAUCUUAUCAAAUACCUCAUAAAACGGAAAUAAAUAAAAUCCAUAGCAUUAGCAAAAUAAAAACCCACUACAUGAUCAUCUAUUACACAGACAAUGGCAAUAUGGAUGCUAAAUUUUUAAAGUUGCGCAAUACGGAAGAGGAAACAAAAAAAUUCGAUUGGCCGCAAAAUGCCAAACUAGUGUAUCACAAAGUUUGUAAUGAUGUUGUAGUGCUGGUAUUCAAUCAUGUGGUCGUACGUUUAUCAUUAACCUUUUAUCCCAAUUUCGAUGGCCAACUUGAGGUGCUGUACGAGAGUCCGCAUUGCAUUAUCAAUUGCGGCAAAUUGUUAUUGGAGAAUAAAUACUUAAUGCUGGGCACCGCAAAAGGUCUUAUUAUUUUCGAUAUAGCCGGCGGCAUUGAAACUUUGGAAAGUAGUGUUAGUGAGAAUAUUAGCUCGGUGGAUAAUUACGAUUUGGAUGAUGAGGAGUUCAAAUCCAUGAUUGUCUGUGGCUGUAGUAACAAAAAUAUUGCAUAUAUUUUUGGUUUACGUUUGGCUGCAGACCAGACCUUGGUUUGGGAGCACAGUUCGGCUCAUCAGACCGAAAAUUUGGAGCAUUUGAAACAGCUAAAGAAUACCAGAUUCUUGGGUCGCACAAUGUUCGAUGUAAGCGAGGAGGAUGAUACUUUGUAUGCGGUGGAUUCGAAGAAUAGGAUCCAUCAAAUCUGUCGUGCUGAAACUAAAAAUUGGUCUAUAAUACCCUCAUCACUGGAAAUAAAAGAUAAUGUCAUUGGCAUACAUUGUUUUAAGAAUUCCGUUAUUGUGGCUUACGAAAAUGGCGAUAUUUAUGAUCUACAGCAAAAACGUUUGAUUGUCCGGACAAACGAAAUCGUAGGCAAAGAUUUCUACCUCAAAACAGUCGAUGACAAUAUAUUGGUGGCAUCAUCGGCCAAAGAGAAGACCUAUGUGAAACAUAUGACAACUGCUAAGGAAAUGACCAUAAUAGACGCACUAACGAAAUAUUCCAAUAUGGUAAUGGGAAAUUAUUUUCUCAUUGUUAAUAAUUUUGGUGCUUCGUUGUUUUUUGAUUGUGAAAAAGAAUUUACAUUAACAUUCGGCAUUCAUGCUCACAGUUCGUUGGCAGCUUGUGAUUUGAAAGAUAAUGUGCUAUUUUUAGGAUUUUACAGUUAUGCGGUGCAUAUUUAUAACAUUGUAAAGAAUGAAGAUGGCUCAAUCAAUUGUCAUAAACGCUCUGAAAUACCACCACUUAAGGAUGUGCAAAUAACUUGCCUAACUGCCUCGAAUAAUGCAAAACUUUUGGCCAUUGGUCUCGACACUGCUGUGGUUAAUGGUUUGCGUUCAUGUGGCGAUAUUGAGGUGUUUAAACUGAACGAUGACUACAAGCCACAAUUGAUAUACUGUCUGAAAUCGCAUGUCAGACCCAUAAAUGAUUUAAAGUUUUCGCCAUUAAAUGAGAUACUGGUCAGUGUUGCGGAACAGAUAUGCUUUUGGAACAUCAACUAUGUACUCAAUAAUCCGCUGGAGGUGGGCAGUAAAAAGAGACACAGUUCACGUUUUACCUCGCAAAAAAGUGCCGAGGAAGUGGAUUUUAAAGGAGUGACAUGUCAACAGCAGAGAAGAGAUCGUUUCUUAAAUCUGGAACACCAACUGUUUGCCUCAUCUGAAUCCACCCACAAAGCUGGCCAUAGUAAUAAUAAUAGCAUUAACAAUAGCAUGGAACAAUCUGUUGGUUCCGAUGAUCUAAAUGAUGAUAGUGUCUUUAGCAGUAGUUUAGAUAAACCAGAAGAAAGCAGCUGGUCUUGUCUAACAGGUCCAUGCGAUAAGCCAGAAUUAUUGUCUUGCUUAAAACUGGAUGGCAAUGAGGCCAAAAAAAUUGUUGCCAAUAAAAACUUCAAUCAAUUCUAUACCAUUGACGACGAGGGAGUCUACUAUAAUCUUCAGCGUAUAAAACCUGCCAUACCAGCUGCAGCUGAUGACAUUGAUAUGCCCGACAGUUCUUCCUCCUCCAUAAAUUUAGAAUAUUUAGAUGUUCAUCGUUUGUCCGUAGCCUCCUCCACUAUGUCUGGCACAGAUGUUGUGGACACUGCCAAUACAUGACUAUUAACCCAACCUACUUACUUUAAUGUUCAUCAUCUAACAUCUGUUAAACAUUUUUUAACAUCCUUCAUAAUUUUAGCUUGUUAUUAUUAUUUAGUCAUGUAUUUAUGCAUUUUUGAUAAUGUGAUAUUUUCGUAAAAACAAAAACUCACACAAAAACAAAAAAAAAAAAAAUUACAAACUUUGAUGCAAUUUUAAUUAAAUUUUGUUUAAAAAACAUUUUAUAACAUUUUAGAACUGAUUAAGUUUAAACAGUCAUUUAUAUUUCGUGUAAUAUGUAAUGUCCUCCAGUCUCUCUUAUUAUUAUUAUUAAUAACUCUAAUCUAUGUUUAAAAUGUUUGUAUUAAAUUUUUACAUCUAUUAUGUAUUAACAAAAAUUAGAUUUUUUUCUCUCUCUAUAUAUUUACUCUAAAUAAAAUAUAUUUUUUAAAUUUUUGAAA